CACUGCGACAAAAUGGCGGAAGAAGUUGAAUUUGUAAGCGAUGAAGAUGUCCCACAUUUUAAUAAAUGUGGGUUUCGACCGAUAGGUAGGUUUCGAAAAAUAUAUCAGGUGCCUUUAUAUGCCCUAACUGUAGUCAGUACAGUCGAGUCAGUGCUUGUCAACUUAAAAACUCUAUUAAACCAAUUUGCGAAAGUUACGCACGUGAAAACUUGCAUUAUAUACCGCGACUUUCUCGCAACUUACCCACCAAGUAAAAUAGAAACUGUUGUACUAGUGUUAUUCCUCAAGUUAUUCACCCAAGUACCCUUGAUAUUUUGAUGAAAUAGCCUUGCUUAUAAAGUUAUAACAGCUUCUCUUUAACAAUGAUGUAUCAUAUCUGUUCAUGGUUGAAUACAGCUCCGAAAGUUCAAGUCAUUAUUCUCUUUUUGCAAUAUUCAGAUGACACACCAGUCAGUGGAUCAACAAUGUUUGGUUUUCAUACUCCCAAGCGUCGUGGUGCAUUGGCUGAAGCUGGUAAGUUGAGUUAAAUGUUGGUGUUCAAAAGAAAAGAAGAAAAGAGAAAAUUGGGUUGUUUAGUAAAACACUGGCCCGGUCGAGGUAGUCUUGGCCCGGUUUUGGUUCGUCAUCAACCCAAAUUCACUUUAUCAUAUGUAUCAGAUAUUCCGCAAAUUUGCAAAGGCGUAUCUGCAGCCAGAACUACUUCAAAGGAUUAUGAUUAUUGUACUAAAUGUAUUUGCUCUUAAUUUUCACGAUAAGUAUUGCCAAUGAGUUUAUGUUAUCUUUUAGUUUGUGUCACUAAACUUGUACUAUUGCAAAAAGAAGAAAGGAAGAAGAAAAACAACAAAUGUCAUCACUGAUACCAAAACAGUUAAGGAGAACAUUUGGGAAAACAAUCAUGUUACCACCUUGUCACAAAUUAUUCAAAUUGGUUUGAAAGGAAUUCUUUAAAUGAGACCAUCAGAGUUAGGUUUAAUUGGGGUCUACCUUGGUUACCAGCUGUCACAAGAAAGGAAGUGGUUUGGGUAGGGCUGCUACCUUAAACUUUUGGUUCUCUUGAUUUAUGUGGAGGAGUCCACUGUUAAUGUAGAGGUGUAAUGUGCCUUACAGGAAAGAAAAGAAAAGAACUAAAAAACCAACCACAACAAAAGCAAAACAACGACAACAGAGAAGAAAACAGAGGAGCAUUAUGUGGAAUUGUGUUUUAUAUAUGAAUGAAUUUAGCCAUUGAUUUUUUAUGUAUUUAACAUUUGUUAGUUUUCUCCUCCUAGCAAUGUCAGCAAUUCACAACAAAACUCCAAUUCACCAUACUCAGAGCACACAGCCACAUGACAGUAGGAAAACUCUGAAGAGCAACAAGAAAAACAAAGGUGUAUGUCUGAUAUCUUCUCAAACUUAAUUCUAAUUUUUUUUCUUGUUUUUAUGAGUUAAAUGAUAUACAGAUGUUGUUUAAGCAUUGCUGUCAGCAAAAUGGAGAUCUUCCAUUAAUAGCAUCAUUAUAAGAGAAAAACAAGAUGUUUCUCUUACAGAUAUGUUUUGGUUUAUGUUUUUCUUCAGUUUAUCCAGUAUUUAUUAUAAUAACCUGGAAGAAAUAAAAAUUAAACUGGUGUGAAAAAAUUUGUACCUAAAAAAAAUGUGGAUUGUGAAACAUGCAGGUUCAGUUUGGUUUAUUUAGUGACUAGCCAAUCUUUAAACUGGCUGUCCAGGGGUAAUGGUUAGUCUUAGUUACAAUUAUGCUGGAGAUUGUUCACAGAAACACAAAAUACUCAACACAUUUAAUGAGUAGUUUGAUUGUUUCUUCAUACCAUAAAAACAGGUAUUUAAAACUCAAUGAAGGCUGUGCAUUCACAACCCAAGUUGGUAAUUAAUUCCUAGGCAGUCUAAAGGUUUUCUCUACUGCACACUUGUGGUUAAUUCAGUUUGUGAUAAUUAUGGUUCUGCUGGAACACAAAUUGUGUUUAAUCUUAAUACUGAAACAGACUUACCAUGUUUCUUCCUCACAGGAGACCUAAAAAUCAAGAUUUCUGUCUAAGAAAUUUCAUUUUGCUGAUAGAUAUUUGAAUUCAAGGAGAGAUAUUGCAUAAUUAUUCUUAUUCCAGUGGUGUUCAAUUUGCUAAGUGCAGUUUUUUAAUGAGUGUUUUUUUUUCUCCUACCAUUUUCAAGGUGCUGAAAAGGUUGUUGCAUUGUCAAAUAUUGAGAAGGUAAGGUAAUUGUUUAGAUCAUGAUUAGAUAUUAAAUAUUGGUAACUUUUUUUUUAAUUGAACUUUAUUGAACUUCAAGUGUAUACCAAAUAUAGAUUGUCAACUGAAGUUAAUUCAAUUUUUAUGUAUUAAAAGGAAUUCCCCUAUUUGAUAUCAGCAAAAAAAAUUGUGGUUAAUCUACAUUGAAUAAGAGAGAAAGUGACCUUUGGGUCAGAAUUGUUUAUUUGAUUUUGAGAAAAAUUUCUUGGCUUUUUCUGUCUGUCUAACUGUAGACAAUGAUCAAUGACAAAAUUGCUUUUAGAAUACAAUACAGAUUUUUCCAUGUUUUGUCACCAUAAUCUAUAAAAAAAAAAAUCAGACAUUCAAAUGACCUUGGAUUGAGAAUGGUGAGGGUUUUGUGGUUCAUUCAUCAACCUGACCGAGUAGCACAAAAUGCGAGUAAUGUGUCAUCAGCUGAUUGGCAACAUCAAACACACUUGAAAAACUCAGAUAUUUUUUCACAUGUGUUGUUACAGCUUUUCUCAGGACUGGAAAUCCUUGUGUAACACUGCAGUUUACAUGUCUUGAUGAAGUAAAUUUUUAUAUAACCUUUAUUUCUGAACUUCUUCAGGGCUUUUGUGAAACUAUUAAACAACUCUUCUUGUAAAUGAAACCAAAAAAAAUGUUAAACACUGUUUACAUUUUUUGCAGGAAAACCCAGCAACUGGAACUCAAGAUGAAAACAAGAGAAGUAGUUAUUCUUUGCGUCAUAGAAGAAAAGCUGUUCUUUUAAAAGGUCUGUCUUCCAAUGAUAAGGAAAUGUUAGCAGUGAAACAUUAAUAUUUUCACAUAUUACCCUUGCACUGUCUUGUUUUUGGUGAGAAGAAGGGUGUUUUGAAGGUGUUUUUUACAUGGGGCUUUUUUUUGGGCAGUGCAUCACUGAAGGGAAGGUCUACUUAAUGGUAAAUGUAAUAACUUAUUGCUUGCCCAAAAAUUGAAACAGGGAGCGAUUUGAAGCCUAUGGAAUGUAAAUACAUGUGGUGUAUUGCGUGAAUUGCUUUUAACCAUUCACUUUAGAAUGUACAUGCAACAAAAUAUAAUGUGAAUGUUAUUUUGAUUAAAUGCUUAACUUCUUUUACAUGCACUAUAUUUCCACCCUUUAGGCUAUAAUGCAAACUAGUCCUCCUCAUGAAUAAGUGCCCUCCUCCCUAACUUUCUUAAAUACAGGGAUACAGAAAAAACCUGUCUCUAUUGCCACUUAGUUAUAACUUUUUUAAGUGUCAGCUACAGUGGAAUCAGUACAGUUAAAUAGUUUCUUAAUAAGAACCCCCUUGAUUAAGUGCCCCCCUUCCAAUAAGCACCACUCCUUUUACAUGUAGCUGAAAUUUCAAAUGAGUGCAUGGGUGCUUAUUCAAGGAAAUACAGUAACUUACUUUAACCUUUAACUCCCAUGAAUGACCAAGAACAGAAUUUUGUCUCAUAAUAUAUCAAGUAGAUAAGUGAUGAGAAUAAAGAAAAAUGUCAAUUAGGAUAUUAUUAGUUCUCCGAACUAGCAUCAUGAGAAUUGUAUGGCAGACAGUAAGGAGAAUUGCUAAGAUGAGAUCUUGGGAGAAAAAGGAUUAAGAUGUAUGUUGUACAAGUAUGGUUGUAUUGCUGCCAAAUGGAUGGAUCACAGAUUAAAUCAUCAGACUUCAGUGUUACAUGUUGAAUUUAUUUUGCAGGUGUUGAACAUGAAUCUGAUACAGAUGAUAAUGAUUCUGACAGUGAAUCAGGGACUGUUGAUGAAACACCAUCAAGGUACACUAACCAUUUAAUGUUAAUGCAGUUAAUUUUUGGUACAUUUUUGCAAUUAUAUCAAUAUUAAAAAGCUUAAUUAUUAAUAAAUAUUAAAUAUAGUUAAAAACUUGAGGUAAUAGAUGAUAGAGCAUUUGAAGUCUUUUUGAUAUUUUAGAGUGUACAAGAAAGGCACCAAAGGAAAUUCAAACCAGGUAUGAGACAGUAAAAAUUAUUGUGUUGUAUAUUCUAAGAGGGAAACCAAUGGGCUUUUAUAUAUUGCAGUAAAAAGGUGUAAAAAGCAAGUGACGGUUUCAUUUCAGUGUGCAGUCAACUAACUGAGUAAUGACUGAAAGUAUUCCUAAUUAAAAGUUCAUGGAAUUACUGUUCUCUAGCUGGAAGAUGCUCAUGAAGAGUUCUUUGAGCAACAAAGCUCUAAGUGUAUCACGUCUGAUCAUACACUCUCCAAACUGAAUAUGCCACGAAUGGAUCAACAAGUAAGUGCAAUGUUCUGUUAACCCUUUAACCCCUAAGAGUGACUAGCAUCUAAUUUCUCCUUACAAUACUGCCACUGAAUCACACAUUAAUGUCAUGAGAAUAAAGGAAAUGAUCACCAACUAAAAAAACUCUUGAUUGUUAAACAAAUUCUCCUCGUCAGCACCUCAGUAAAUGUACAGAUAACAGUAUGGAGAAUAUGAAUACUGAUGUUAGGGUGUGAGGGGUUAAUCUUUAACAUGUUAUACCGACAUGUAAUGUUUCCUUGUCAAUAUAUGAUACUCAAAUGAUCGUUAGUUAAUAAUCUUUGAAGGUUCCUCUUGGUCUUUCUGUGUAAGUAUAUAUUCAGGAAAGGAAUUUUCUGUCAGUGGUCUGUAAACCUAUCUGCUGAGAGCCUGUGUUAGACAUUGUUUAUUUAGCAGAAGCGGCUUCUAUAAACAAUCACCAUUCUUUUUUUUUUUUUGGCAGAAACUGUUGUUGCAUUUAAAUCAAGUAUCCAGCUCACACCCUAAGGAAAGAUUUGAGUUGUAUCACAAAUUGCAAGGUCUGUUUGACAAGUGGAUAUUCCAUUUAAGGUGAGCAGGGUGGGCUUGAGUUGUGUCCAUCACUGCAAAGAUCCCUUUCACAUUCAUUCCUCAAAAGGCAGUUUACAUACUAUUAUAUGACUAUUAUAUAUUCACAGUCAUUGAUUCAUCACUUUAUGAGUUUAUUACAAUCCUAAAAAAUGACCAGCUCCCAGUUAGCUUGUUAGCUCAGUUAGUAGAGCAUUGCACCAGUAUUGAAAAGAUCAUGGGUUAAAAUCCUGUAUAGGCCUGACAUUUUUUUUUUGUCAGGCCUUAUUUUCACCACUUAACUGCAAAGAUUGCUUUCGCAUUUGUUCCUGAAAGUUAUCGCAAACUCAACAUACUUUUAUGAUUAUUCAUAAACUGCUUUUAUCCUUUGGAAGAGUUCCUUGAAUAUGUAUUGCAACUGGAAGAGAGUAAAAAAAAAAACAACUUGAUUAUUGGCAUUCUUAAUUUAAAAUUACCUGUAGCUUCAAUUACUUUUGGUAUUGAAGAGUCACCUUUUGAAAUUUUCUUCUUGCAAUAAAUUAUCUGAUGUUCAUCAAAUUUAUCAUGAGGAAUGCUCAUAUGUAUAUUUGUAUGAAACUUCAACUGCUGAGAAGACUUUUGUUCUAUUGUCAAAAAUGUUCCAUGAAUAAACAUUAAGUCAACUGAACAUAAAGGAGAUAAGAGCAUAAAUGUGACCAAAAGUUCAGAGAGGUAACAGCUAUUUUGAUAUAAUUGGAAUUUUGAGUGCCACCAUUUUAAGUCACAGGUCACACUUUUUGGUUUCCAUGUAUGGCCUCUUCUGUCCUUUGAAAAACCUACAAACAAAAUAACUACAUGUGCAGCUGUGCAUUAUUGUGGAAAUCGCAGAUGAAGGUGUAAUAUGAGCUGAUAGCUCAGAAUGCACUUUUUGGUAAAUUUCAUAACUCACCUAGUUAGUUUCUGUUGGUUUUUAGUAUUGCAAACUUCACUGAACAUUGCAUACUGCUUUGAUUCUUACAUAGAAAUGGAUUCAACAUUCUUCUCUAUGGCCUUGGAUCCAAAAGAGUUCUCCUUGAUCAAUUCCGUUCAUCUAAACUUUCUUCAAGUGUUCAAGUUGUUGUUAAUGGAUUUUUCCCCAGUCUCACCAUAAAAAAUGUAAGUGAUCUAUAAGUUGUGGAAUGUUAUCACAAUUAGUACUUGUAAGUUACAGCUCUAUCUUGUUUAUAAAAGAACUGUGUGAUCAUUACUAAAAACUAUUUUAUUUCUUAAAAGAUCAGGUACAUUUUGUUUAAAUUGUUCGGGUUUUUUUUCUCCCUUACAUGAAUUAUUCUCAUUUUCAGUGACUUGGAAGUGCUAUUCUAAAGAAACAAAAAAUUGGGAUAUCAGUAUCAGUGACCAUGGAUCUAAAGUGAUAAUUAUCGAUCCAAAGUUAGCUUUCAUUUAAUAACUUGGAAUCCUUAGCUUUACAUGUAUUUAUGGAUUUGUAGUGAUAAAUUUGGAUUGCUACAUAUAGUUAUAGCAUUACUUUGGAUAUGUUGCACUUGUAGAUCCUUAGUUUGGGAUUAAUAACUGUACUAAUUCUGGAUCAAUCUGUGGUUACAAAUUUGGACCUGUAGAUGUACUAACUUUAGAUCCAUGGUAUUGAUAACCUUGGGUGAACUUGGAUCAACUUUGUAGUUCUAUUAACCCUUUAAAGCCUGAGAGUGACUAGCACCUAAUUUCUCCUCACAGUAAUACUGCUAAACCAUUCAUUAAGAUCAGGAGAAUAAAGGAAAUGAUCGCCAACCUAAGAAGCUUUGAUUCUUAGGUUGUUCUCCUUGUCAGUACCAAAAGAAACAUAUAGAGAAGAGUAUGGAGAAGAUAGAUACUGAUGUUAGGGUGUAAAGGGUUAAAAGUGCAUGGUGAUUAAAUUGGGGAGCAGGAUUGACCAUUCAAUCAAUCAGGUUUAAACCACUGGAGAGACACCCUACUUGUGUUGUUCUUUUACAUUUAAUGUAUACCAGCAAUUAUUUUUCAAUGACACUGACAGAGGUGAAUAAUUGUCUUAGUACAAUGUUUAUACCACACAGAAACAAAAAAAAAGAAAAUUGGUUUAUUGUUGUCAAAUUGACUGUAACAAAUAAUAGUCUAAAAUGAAACUCUUGUCACUAUUUUGUCUCUUUGGCUUCUCAGAGGAGAAUAUUUGCUAAUCAUUUCUGAACUAGCCAAUCUGAGUGUGUUUAAAAAGCACUAAUCACCUGUGUGGUGUAUAAUUGCUUAAUAUUAUAUUAUUAUUUUUGUUAUUAUUAUGGUUAUUUUUUAUUAUUAUUAUUUACUUGCAGAGACUAAUAAUCUCUUUUUACUCUUGAAGGUUCUAAACAUUUUAACUGAAGAGGUUCUUAUGUAUGAUGGAUCUUUCAAGAGUGUGACAGAUCAGUGUGACUACAUAAAACAGAACCUUUGCAGUGACAAAUGUGAGUUAAGCUUGGUUAGGAUAAUGGGGGUAUUUAUUAAAUUUCCCAAUAAGUGCUUGACACAUAUUUAUUGUGAUUCCAAAGCCAUCAUUUUUAUAUUAAAAUUUUAAGAACUACAUACUAUAAUGAUAUUAUAUGAUAAUGCAUUAUUUAAGUUUUUCUAACAUGUAUUUUUUAGGUUCAGUGGAUAUCUGUCCUGAAUAUUAUAACUUAUGACAAAGCAUUUUUUCUCUAAAUUUUCUGAUAAUUACAUAAAUGUAUUAUGAUAGUGAUUCCAAAGCCACUAUUUUUUAAAUUUAAGUGUUAAGAAUUACGGACUUUAUAAUGUACCUGAUUAUAAGUUUUUCUAACAUUUAUUUUUUUAGGUUCAGAGGAGAUUUUUCUGGUUAUUCAUAAUAUUGAUGGCUCCAUGUUAAGAUCCAAAAAGGUUUGUUUACUCUCCACAUGCUAUUAAAACCCAAUGAUAGGCUCACAGCAUUAUGCUAGUGUUAUAGCCUCUGUUUUCUAUUUUUGGACAUGACCUAAAUUCAAUGGGCCAAGUAAUGUGUAUGUGUAUGGUCUAGCUAUUGUUCUCUUACAAGAUAAAUUUUUACCUGGGGUUCUAUACAUUAUUGUUUUUCCAAUCAAGCAUUGUUUGUGGUAGGGUUGCUUUGGAACUCAGAAAACUGUCCACACUAAAACUAGUCAGGAAUAAGCCAUCAUGGCAUAUGCAAGAAAAAUAUAAUAGUGUAACUGUUUUAUUACUGUCAGUGAUGGUAUUACUUUGUGGCAUUGGGGUUUGUCCCCACAUCUUGAUCCCCAAAAUUGUUAUUUGUUUUAAGGCCACAACAUUCCCAAAAUAAUUCAGGUAUUCAUGGUUUUUUAUGUUUAACAGUCAAAGGGUUUGAGUUGAUUUAAUUUUAGAUGGAGGAGUGGUGAUUAUAAGUUAAAUUGUACAUGGUAGAUGUGCUGUCAGUCCAUUGCUCAGCCAAACAAGUUAUCUUCCCCCAUAGUUUAUCUUAAUUUGUUUGUAUUAAUACUGGAAGAAGUUAACAGCCAUUCAGCAGUUAGGGCAGAUUUUCAAAACCUUUAUUCUGUUUGGUUUCAGACUCAGACAAUUCUGAGCCUUCUUGCAGAGGUGGACACUCUUCAUAUCAUUGCUAGUAUUGAUCACAUCAAUGCACCUCUAAGUUAGUACAAUCAUUUAGUUUUGUUUAGACUGACAGUGCAGUCAUUGUAGUGGUGAUUAACUAAAGAAGAGACUUCUGUGUUUUUUGUUAUCAAUCUGCUUUGUUGUGUUUUUGCAAUAGUCAUGUGAACUUGCAUUCUUUAUGACAUGUACAUUCAGCACUUUAUUACAUAAUAAGUAUUGUGUCAUGGCAUUACAGUACUUAGUGUGCAUACUUGUACAUCACAUAUUUUCUUGAUGAAAGAACCCAUACAGCAUGAAAAAGGAAAGGCCAAUUGCUUUCACUUUUUUUCUCUAAAUCAUUUUAUAUUUUACAUAUUUUUUUACCCACUAGGAGAAAAAGAAUCAUGAUGCAAAAAAGAGAUUUUCAGAAUUGAAGGAAUUGUGUUUGUGAUUUACUUGUCAUAUCAUUGCUUGGAAAUCUCAAGAUAUUAAAAUAGUUUAAUAUGUAAAUAUUAUCUCAAGAAUGAUAUUUAAAUACAUAGAAUAAUUUUUCAUGAAGAUAUCAAAAUAAUGAAAUAUUUCUGAAAAGUUUAGGUGCAUUGCCCUAACUGAUGAACCAUCAGUUAGGAUACUUAAAUUGAUGUAGCUGUUGCUGAGUUGAUUACUUAUUUAUUGAGUUGGAAUUUUUUUCAGUCUGGAAUCAUACUCAGCUGAGCCGUUUUAACUGGUCCUGGUUUGAUGUUACAUCCUUUGAACCAUAUAGGGAAGAGACAUCAUAUGAGAACUCACUGCUGGUCCAGCACACAGGGGCUCUGGCACUUAGUUCGUUAGUUCAUGUGUUCCGUAGUUUGACUCCUAAUGCCCGUGGUAUCUUUAUCUUAAUAGCACAGCAUCAGCUUGAUGAAAAGGAUAACAGUAGUUAUAUUGGUAAGCAGUUCUUAACAUAUUAACCGGUAAGAGUUACUAGCAUCUAGUCCUGAAUCAAACAUUUAGAUUGUGCAAGUAAAGGAAACAGUCACCAACUAAAGAAAUUCUUGAUUGUCAAACAAAUUCUCCUUAUUAGAACCUUAGGAAAUAUAUUGAGAACAUUAUGGAGAAUUUGCGUACUGAUGUUACAGUUAAUCCUGGUACUAAUGAGUUCCAAGAUACAUUUACACAAAGAGACCUUUUUGUAUUAUUGGUGUGUGAAGCUUUUAAACCUCAGCAUCUGAUUAGUAAUUCUCCUUUGGAGCUAACAAAUGUUUCCCUUCAAAUUAAUUUAAUUUCAUAUCAAGGUAUCACUUUUUAGUUGAUGGCUUUGUCUUUACUCCUUAUUUGUGUGGAAUGAAGAAAGAAAGGCCUUAUUUAUAUCCCUUUUUGGUAUAUACAUGUACCAUGUAAGUGAUUAGUGCCUUUUGUGCAUGCUGAUUGGCCAGUUUGGAAGUGGUUAGCAAGGAGCAUUCACCUCAGAACAGCCAAAGGGACAAAACUGUGCGUCAAGAGCUUAAUUUUCCACCAUUUUUUGGUUUAUUGAGUGAAAGAAACUAACUUUUUGGUACUGAUGUGGUAUAUACCAAAACAAUUAUUCACCUAAGUGUCAGUGAAUAUCCACUAGUAUUCACCUCCAGUUUGGUGGAUAAUAGUUAAUUAUUUUCAAGUUAGAGUCAUCUCCAUUUGAGUGUCAUAAGUAAUCCUAGAUUGCCUUGCAGGUUUUGCUUUGUCUUUCUCUGUGAUUGGUCAAGAAAACUUUCUCAUUCAACCAAAUUCAAAGUUAAAACUUUGGGCAUAAGUGAAGGUUAAUUAAGUAACCAUCAUGUGAACCACCCCUGUAAUAAAAUGCUAGGCCUGGUUUGACAAUGAGCUCUCUAUAGCUCAGUGGUUGAGAGAUGGCUUCUGUAAAUUGCCUGUCUCUCUCUGAAGCUGUUAUAGAAUAAUUGGGUGGUAUUUAACUGCAGUUGUUUGAGUCACUUCUUGUUCUUUCACAGGGCUGUCAUUUAAUUCUUGUUACUCCAAAUGCCGUGAACAGUUCCUUGUAAACAGUGACUCAACACUGAAAGCUCAACUGAUAGAAUUUCGUGAUCACAAACUUAUAACUUCCAAGAAGGUGAUAUUUCUGGCAUUUAUUUUUUGGCUUUUUGACUCAGCCAAUGCUUCCUUUCAGAAGCAACUUCUGUAUGUGCAUGACAAGCCAUCAAUCACUAGUGGUUUAUACUUGCCAGUAUUUUAAUUAGGUUUGUUAAACACAAUUGUCAUUCUGUUGAAACCAAGCACUGCACUGGACAUUUUUGUAUUUUCAAGAGUUGUUGUACAACAUCAUAUACAAAACGUCAGUUCAAAUUACAGUUUCACAUGCCUUGUUCUUGGUGAAAAAUCAUGCCAAUCAACCCUUAAACCCCUCAGAGUGACUAUCUUCUAAUAUUUCCUUAUAGUAUCACCCUUGAAUAAAAUAUGUAGACCACAAAAAUAAAGGAAAUGAUUGCCAUUUUCAGCUCUCGAUUGUCAAUCAAGUUAUCUUUCUCAGUACCACAGGAAACGUAAAAAGAUUAGUGUGGAGAAUAUUAAUACUCGUGUAAGAGUGUAAAGGUUUAAUAAUUCAAAACUGACAAUUUUAAAAUAAAAUAAAGUCAUUAUUAAUAGUCUUGUAAUUUGUUCUCUGUCAUUGAUUGCAGGGUGCUGAUGGUGUAGAAUAUUUGUAUAUCCCAGUUGACCCAGCAACAUUGAAGCAGUUUGUAGAAGAUCAACAGAACAACAACUUGUGACAAGAAUGUCUUGAAACUAUAGUGAAAUGCCAAAUACUUGUCACAAUGAAUACGUAUUAGAAUUGUACAUGAAUUUAAAAGUCUUGGUGCUCAUAGAAUAUUAUUUUUG